AAGGAGCUCGACAGAGCGAUGGUGGCUCACACAGACACAGCGGUGGCUCACACAGACACAGCGGUCGGCAAUGGCGUCGACGCCGUAGUCGAGAAGGUCUGCAGCGACGAGCUCCCGGUGCACUCGCUCGAGCGCGAGCUCGGUGACUGCGCGCGCGCGGUGCUCGUCCGGCGCGAGUGGCUCAAGCGCCAGCCCGGCGUCGCGUCGGCCGAGGCGGUCGGCCGCGUGCCGCACGAGGGCUUUGACUACGACGCGGUGCACGGCGCGUGCGCCGAGAUGGUGUUCGGGUACAUCCCGCUUCCCGUCGGCGUCGCUGGCCCGCUGCUGCUCAACGGUAAGACCUACCAGGUCCCGUUGGCGACGGUCGAGGGCGCUCUCAUCGCCUCGACUCGGCGCGGCUGCAAGGCCAUCACCGCGGCGGGCGGCGCGUCGGCCGCGGUUCUGUCGCAGGGGAUGACGCGCGCGCCCGUGAUCCGCUUCCCGAGCGCGAUCCGCGCCGCGGCGUUCGCCGCCUGGAUGCACGACCCCGCCAAUCUCGCGGUGGCGCAGGAGCAGUUUGCGACGACCACGCGCUUCGGGCGGCUCACCUCGUGCCGCGUGACGGUGGCGGGGCGGUACGCGUACGCGCGCUUCGUGUGCGCGACGGGCGACGCGAUGGGGAUGAACAUGGUCUCGAAGGGCGUCUCUGCCGUCCUCGACUUUCUCUCUGCUGGCUCGUUUGGCGACCUCGAGCUGCUCGGCCUGUCGGGCAACGUCUGCUGCGACAAGAAGGCGGCGGCGGUCAACUGGAUCUCGGGCCGGGGCUGCUCGGUGGUGGCGGAGGCGACGAUCCCCGGCCACGUCGUCGAGUCCGUCCUCAAGACGACCGUCGCCGCCGCGUGCGAGCUCAACGUCGCUAAGAAUCUGAUUGGCUCGGCGAUGGCGGGCGCGCUGGGCGGGUUCAACGCGCACGCGUCCAACAUCGUGACGGCGCUCUACCUGGCGUGCGGGCAGGACGCGGCGCAGAACGUCGAGUCCUCCCAGUGCAUCACGCUCCUCGAGCCCGCCAACGGCGGCGCCGAUCUGCACGUCUCGGUGACGAUGCCCUCGAUCGAAGUCGGCACCGUCGGCGGAGGAACCAUCCUCGCCCCGCAGCGCGCCUGCCUUGAGAUGCUCGGCGUCGCCGGCGCCGGCCAGGAGGCGGGCAGCCACGCGCGAGAGCUGGCGACCGUCGUCGCCGGCGCCGUCCUCGCCGGCGAGCUCUCCCUCCUCGCAGCGCUCUCGGCGGGCCACCUCAUGCGGGCGCACCUCGCUCACAACCGCAAGCCGGCGGCGCCGUGAGGGAGCGUGCUCGGGGACCGCGCGGCAGCCGCAAGAUGAUCUGAGACCGAAGGGGGCAGGGCCACGCGGCCGGGCCCCAUCAUGACGACACAUGAGACCACGAUACGGGCGGUGUGUGUACAUGCCGCGAGGGCGAGCCGGCGAGCGGCGAGGCUCCCGCGUCCGAGGCUUAAAUAUCUCGGGCGGCCAGAGGCAGAGCGAUUGGGGUACUGUAAGCGGAGGUCGGAGCGCGCGCAGACAUAUGGUCACUGUCGUACUGUAGAAAUAUUACUCCGCGCUCAGCUC